AUGCGGAACUUCUGGCAUUUCUCGCAACAGCUCUAUCCCGACCUCCCUCCCAUCGAUGCGUACCUCGCACUUCACCGCGACUACGUGGCACCUAUAGUGGGGCCAGUCCUCCAUGGCACGCUGACCACAACGGAGGCCUUGGCUCUUUGGACGGGUUCUACACCAUGGGUUGCCAAGAUCCAGGCACUCCGUCAAGGUAAGGAGGUGGCGGAGCGGCUCUUUAGUUACACCAAAAGCCUUUGUGCAACUCAGCAGUCAACGCUCAGCAGUCUCACGGCAGACGAGAAACAAAUCUCAGCUCAUCUCACCACGGAAAUUUUGAGGCGAUAUACAGCGGACACUCUGGGCCAACCGACCCCAUUUACUGAUGGCGUUGACACGGCGGCUGGGGGUGCCAGCCUUGCCGGUGGAAGCGCGAAAAAUAUUCCUAAGGGCAUCACGAACAAUCCGUCAUUGGCAGCUUCUGCCAGCUCUGGCCCUGCGGAGUCACUCUUCGAUCGCAUCAACUACUUCGAAUGCUAUAAUACAGCGUUGCGAAUGAUCCAGACUGCCCAAGCACAGCGGAUGAUCAAAGCUCUGGAUGUCAUCGCCGAGAAGCUCGAAGAUGGGAAUUGCAUCACCGUGAUGGGCGCCAGUGGUCCCGAUGGCUUUGCUCGACCCGUAUACGACUUAAUCAGAAUGAAGAUCAACAAGAUCAAUGCGGCGGACCGCGAGAAUCAUUGCUUCUUCAUCUACCAUAAUUCCAACACUUGGCACCAGGCAUUCGAGAGGUUGACAGGCGAGAAUCCACUGCCGCCGGAAUUCAUCAACAAUCCCUGCGACGACCUCGACCAUGCGUGCCUGUUCAUGCGUGAAGUCAGACAGAAGCUCCUCGCAAAGGAUGAAAAGCGCGGAAAGGGCAUGAAAUUUCACCUACUCAUCCCAUCGUGGUCCAAGCUCCAGAUCAAGGAGCCGCUGCAUUUCCCUGAGGACCUCUACCCUCUGCAGAUUGAGGGCCUGAAACAUAAUGGCAGUAACCAGGUCGAGUUGAGUCUCCCAGCAGCUCCCCCUGGACUUCUCCACGGGGUCUCGAACGUUCUUGACCCCAACAACUGGAACGCAAUUGCAGAGGGUACCGGUGUUGCUGUCACAGCACCAGCCGUAGGCUGGGGGGUCAACGGCGCGUGUCUUGCUCUGGGCCUCGGUGUCGGCACCCUUACAGGAGCAGGGCUGCUUCUGGCUCUCCCGCUGUGGAUGGGAACCGCGCCGUUCGCAAUGGGCAAGUCCGCUCCGGUCAUUCAGGAAACCAUUUACGAUGCGCUACGUGAAGAGGACCCUAGAGUGCUAGGGUCCAAUGAGCGCUUGCGUAUGCCGGGACGGCGUUCUUGA